GGCAAUCGACUUUCUGUAUGUUGCGUUCAGAUGAAAUAGGUAAAACGGGGUGCUGUGGCUGCACCAAAAUGCAAUUUCCUGCUUUAGGCUGUCCAGAUCAAGCACGCACCUGGUGGUAAACCGUACGAGCGCUUGUGUUUUGAUGACUGAUGAUUCAACCUAAAAAAAAACUAUACUCGUAAACGUGGUUUAUAAGCUUGCGCGGUGCGGCGAAGCCAUCAGUUUGGGUUUCCAAAGUCUCUCUUGCGGUUAAUGUCAACUUUGCGAAGGUAAAUGCUUUGGGAUGAUGAUGCGCGGGCAGUUUGUUCGGAUGCCGGAGCUUUCACUUUCGUGACUACGACACCCUGAGCAGAGCACAACCGACUGCCGGCAAAAGCAAGUUAGCCGCCGAUGCUAGCUGGCUCCAUUGUUGUUAGCAUAUUUGGUGCUGUUUUAAGCCACACGGCCUGCGUCAAACAUGACUUCAGCUUCCACCAAAGUUGGAGAAAUAUUUUCAGCAGCCGGCGCUGCUUUCAGCCGAUUGGGAGAACUCACCAUGCAACUCCACCCCGUGGCCGAGGCCAACCCCACCAGCACUCACACCAAGACCCCGGUCAAGCGAAAGCAUGAAGACAGCGCUCGCUGCAGCUCAUCUGAAGGUAUCCAACCCAACACAACAGCCACCAAGAAAGCCGCUGUGGUGUCGCCCGGAACCGCUCCCGCCCAGCCCAGCAUGCAGGCCGGCGUGGCUGCUGCCAAGAAACGCAAGGCCGCAGAUGUCACCCUGAGUGCCCUCAACGACUCGGACGUCAACAGCGACCUGGUAGAUAUUGAGGGAUUGGGGCAAGCGUCCCCAUCCAAAAAGCUCAACUUUGAUCAAGCAGAUACGUUGAACCUGGACUCCAGCCUCAUCAUGAAUUCCAGCGACCUUCCUCUGCUGUCACGCUAACAUCACAGAACCUGUCACAUCAUCCCACACACACACACACACACACACACUGUAUCAUAUGAUAUAUCCAAUCAAGGCUAUGAAAACACAUUUGGAUUCCUUCUCAACAAAAUAGAGCUGAUAUGAAUCUGUUGUA